AUGUCUGCUGUCUAUCCUCCCGGUGGUACCAUCGUCCAGUCGCUCAAGCGAACCUUCGCCGACGUCCCCGUCGAUGAGGCCAACGGCAAUGCUGUCUCUACCGUUGAGUUCCUUGAGGCUUCCGAGUCCCUGACCACCAUCUUUGAUGCUAUUGGUGGUGUUGCUUUCGGCCCCGUCAAGAAGGAUAUCCUUGGCAACGUCGAGAAGCUCCGUGCUCGCCACGCCGCUGCUCCCGCCGAGUCCGCUACUGUCCAGGACCUUGUCCGUAACGAGCUCAAGACUGGCAAGCACACUGCCACCGAGGGCUGCCUCUGGCUCGUCCGUGGUCUUGACUUCACCAAGCAGGGCCUUGAGCACAACGUCCAAAACCCCUCCGUCGAACUCUCCGACUCCUUCCGCGACGCAUACGGCAACACUCUGAAGCCCCACCACAGCUUCAUGGUCAAGCCCAUCUUCAGCGCUGCCAUGUCCGCUGUUCCCUACCGAAAGGACUUCUACGCCAAGCUUGGUGACAACCCUGAGAAGGUCCAGGCCGAUCUCGAGGCUUAUCUUGCUUCCUUCUCCAAGGUCGUUGCCAUCCUCAAGGAAUUCAUCAACAGCAAGGAGGCCAAGUGGUAA